GGUACAUAAGCACAAGAAUCCCUCAAGAACACUUGACUUGCCAAAAACACAAAUCUGCAUGAAAAUGACUACCGUUUCUAACCAACAAUCAUCCAAGGAUAUGUAUGCUGAAUUGCCUAAAAAGUGUCCUGCUCUAGUCGCUUCCGAGUCUACCAUUACAGACCCUGCAUCACUCGUAUCUUCAGACUCGGACAAUGAAUCCGUAGAGGCUCUCCAGCAGCUCUCCUGCUUCAAGCCCAAAAACACAUCCCAAGCCAUUCCCACUUCUGAAAAAAUCACUGCCUCAUUGGUGCCAACUGACCUUGACGACCUAGUUGCCAUGCUGCACAAGGAACUCGAUGGCGAAGGACUCGACAAUAUGAAUGUCGAACGUGUGAGGGCUAUUAUGGCCAACUACAAAUCUAACCAAGCUGAUUGGGAACGAUUCGCCAUGUUUGAUGCGGGCAGGUAUACACGCAACCUGGUAGACAGUGGUAAUGGAAAGUUCAAUCUGAUGAUUUUGUGCUGGGGUGCUGGUCAGUCUAGUCCUAUUCACGAUCACUCCAACUCUCAUUGUCUGGUAAAAGUACUGGACGGUAACAUUGCCGAGACUCAGUACGACUGGCCAGCAGACUCUCCACAUUGUGCCAACUUGCCAACAUCCGAAUGUGGACUAGCCAUCAAAGGGCAGAGUACGUAUAGCAAGGACAGCGUAACAUACAUGCAUGAUAAACUGGGUCUACACAAGGUAUCCAACUUGUCUGGUGCAGGAGCUGUUUCUCUACAUCUCUACACUCCACCAUUUGAUACCUGCAAGACUUUUUGCGAAAAGACUGGAGUAAGCAGAUCAUCUGGAAAAUGCGUGUUUUAUUCAUGCAAUGGUAAAAAGUCGGCGCAUAUUCAAGACAUCAAGGAUUCUAUAGCUGCUAAAUCCGGCUCUACUUGUGGUUUAUCCUGUGCUUCGUCCACUUCCAGAUGCUGAGUUUGAUUCAAUCUGCAAUUGGCACAAGCUGUGGUUUGGUAAUUUAACAAUUUCCAUACUGGUUGAUAUAAUAGCUGGAUGUGGUUCACAUGGCAGCUAUACAGCUGGACUUGGUUUAUACCACUAAGAGAGAAUAAAUACGAAGCAUAUCAAAAUGAUUCAACUUUCUAGUAAAUGAAUCUUGAGGUUGGAUGAGUUUGAGCUUUUACAAAUUCAACAUUUUACAACCAAAUCUGCAAUAUGAUAUCAAGAUUGAAUGCCGAAUGGAUUGCUGGCUCCAUGUCCAUGUCUAGGACAAAGUAUGCGAAAUGCUCUCCAUCCGCUUUGUAUCGUUCAACUGCCCGUUACAAUCAGGCCUUCAUUCGCAAGUCAAUGCUAUCCACCGUCUCGACUGAGUCUGACUCUGCAACUCCCGAAACAACCCAAAAACUAAUUCAAAAGUUUCCAUCCAUGCUAUACACUACAGUUCCCAAAACAGGACUAACUGUGUCUAGAGUUGGAUUUGGAGGCUAUCGCAUUCGUCCUGAAUUCACUCCUCAUAAACAGGCUCUUUUGACUGCAUUUCAAUCUGGAGUGAAUCUAGUUGAUACCAGCUCGCAUUUCGGUGGUGGUCUUUCUGAACUAUUGAUUGGUGAUGCCAUUCAAGAAGCGAUUGCCUCGAAUGAAAUUUCUCGUGAUCAAAUUGUUGUUGUUUCCAAAGCUGGAUUUGUUCAUGGCCAUCCAAAUCCAUUUCCCGAUCAAAUCUCUACAGGCUCAAACGGCAUCCCACAUUGUAUAUCCCCUGAAUUUCUCGAAGCAGAACUCACUGGCUCACUAGAUCGUUUGGGUCUUUCCAAGAUUGAUACGUUUCUGAUCAAUAGUCCUGAACGUAUGCUGAUGUCAACUGACAAAAAAAUUACCAAGCAACACUUGUAUGAUAUGAUUUAUCGCGCAAUGGAAUAUCUCGAUAAACAAGUGAAACUUGGACGUAUUGGUAGCUUUGGUAUUGCAUCCAACAGUGCCCACAAUCCAAGUUCACCUUAUCAUU